CUGCCGUCCGCCUUGUCGAGUCAUCGCCAGAGAAGAGCAGAGAGCAGACGAAGCCGCCGUCCGAUGGCUUGAAAACGGGGAAGAACUGUGGAUCACAGCGGAUUUAUUGCGCCACAGAAGCGAAACGGCGGUCACGGGAGCAGACUACAUGUUGCUGCGGAUGAGGAUAAAGCGCCUUUGAGUGAAACUCUUGCCUUUUUUUUUUUUUGGUUGCGGCUGCAGACCCGGACACAGACAACACGGAGACAGACUGAAGUACCAGAGCCGCCGCGGACACCAGCGAGCGAACUUGGCUUCUCUGCCCCGGUGGGAGGUGUCUGUCUGUCGGCUGCGGCUCGCUGCACGUACCGCUCACCACCACGCUGUUGGGACCUCUUUUUUUUUUUUUUUUUUUUUUUUUUUGUUGGUGAAAGGAUAAGCUUGUAGCUAAGUUAUGUUUUUGUAAAUAGACAAUUUUUUUUCGGGCAACCAACUGUGACUUUAAUGUGACGCACUAAAGUGACAGUGCGCGUCGGAGCGGACCCUCCACUGCAGAGGAGUAACAGGCUUUCACAUCAAGUUUUAACCUUCGUUUUUACGGAGCCAAUACUGCUCACACCGAUGUAAAAGUGACGAGGGCCGAAGCGGAUCAAGCUGGGCCAGGCUAGGCCGGGCUAGGCCUACCUAACCCUACUGUCUGGCCUCUACGGGCGGGCCAGCAACCUCUCUGGGGAGUCCCAUCUUCAGCGAGUACCGGGGGGCUUCAGCCUGUUCUCACAGAAACUUCACCAGACCUCCACGUCAGGCCGUAACGGAUUGGAUUCCAGUCGUGUUUUUGCUUCGUCAGCUUUUUGGGCGGCCGUACCGGUCUGUUGUUUCUUCUUCCAUGUCGUGGAUGUCCCUCUCUGGAUGUUGGCAUCAAGAUGGAUUCAGGUGUUAAUUUGACGGUUGUCACCUCGUUGCAGUGCUUGCACCCCCCCUCCUUUGACUGUCUUUCACCCCUUCCCUCCCCAUUCUUGAAGCGAAAGCUCCUUCCUCUCUCUCGGGGCUUCCCUGAGCCCUGCGCAGAAGGCCCUUGUAGGAACUGUAGGUUGUCUUGUUGAAACGGUCGACCCGAGCAAAGAGGAAGUAGAGUUGCCCAUCCGAUUUUUUUUAAAUUUUUUAAAUUUUUUUCCUUUUCCUGGAGUUUCAUCGGAGGUUGGAGAGCUUUUCAUUUGAAAAAAGAAGCUUGCUAGUAGAGAUUUGUGCCCGCAUUAACACAAAUAAGUCCUUAUUUAUACGUACAGAAUUCCUGUUUUGUUGUCUGAGCCUCGGGAAAGAAUGUCUGAAAGCAAUAGCAGCGACAAAGCGGUGAAAUUCAUCGCCCCGGCCCCCCCUGCUCCUCCUCCUUCUGCCUCUCCCUGUCCAUCAUCCCAGACCCCCCAUGAGAAUGUGAACGGCUCUGCCAGUUCAGACUUGCUCGAGGUGGACCAGCUCAGUGUGCAACCCGAGGUCCAGCGUCGGCGCCACACCAUGGACAGAGACUCCAGAAUAGCCGAGCACCGGUUCUUCCGCCGAAGUGUCAUCUGUGACUCCAACGCCACCGCUUUGGACCUGCCCAGCAAAGCUGCUGUGAUCCUCACCUCGCCACCGGACUGUGAAGGGCCUCCCGCCUUCUUCCUCCUGCCGCCCUCAGGUCCUGGACCCGGGGCACAAGACGCCGAAGGCGGGGAUGUCCCGAGAGGCCCCCAUGUGCAAAGCUCGGCCCUUCAGCUUGGUCUCGGCGGAGCAGUCGUGGAGGGGCACGUAGAAAAUGCCGAGGAAGAUUCAGGUGAGGGCGGCAUCACGCUCGCUGUUCCCACCAUUAGCAGUGUUGUUCAAGAACUUAGUGCAGGCGGAGCAUUAAACGAGCCCACCCCGACAGUAUUGGAUGUUACCGACAAAACGGUGGGCAAGCAGCCCGACGUCACAUUGCGUCCCAGAGGGUCGGAGGACCCCCGACAGGUGGCAAAGGACGGAAAAGUGGUAGAGCGUGUGGAUAGCGUUAGUAGUCUGACCAAGGAGACGGAGGAGGAGAGGGAGCUGGCGAAGAUACGGGCAGAGCAGAGGGAGGCCGAGAAACGAGUGCAAGAGGAUAUAGAGGAGGUGGAGACAAAAGCGGUGGGGACGUCACCGGAUGGGCGCUUUCUGAAAUUUGACAUCGAGAUCGGAAGAGGGUCCUUUAAGACCGUGUACAAGGGACUGGAUACAGAGACUACUGUGGAAGUGGCAUGGUGCGAGCUCCAGGAUCGCAAGCUGUCCAAGUCUGAGCGCCAGCGCUUCAAAGAGGAGGCCGGGAUGUUGAAGGGUCUCCAGCAUCCUAACAUUGUCCGCUUCUAUGACUCCUGGGAGGGACCGUGCAAAGGAAAGAAAUGUAUUGUUCUGGUCACGGAGCUCAUGACAUCUGGCACACUUAAAACCUACCUGAAGCGGUUCAAGGUGAUGAAAAUCAAGGUCCUGCGAUCGUGGUGUAGGCAGAUCCUCAAAGGCCUUCACUUCCUGCACACCAGAACUCCGCCCAUCAUUCACAGGGACCUGAAAUGCGACAACAUCUUCAUCACGGGGCCCACGGGCUCGGUGAAGAUCGGGGACCUGGGUUUAGCCACGCUAAAGAGGGCCUCCUUCGCCAAGAGUGUCAUAGGAACCCCAGAGUUCAUGGCUCCAGAGAUGUAUGAGGAGAAGUACGAUGAAUCCGUGGACGUCUACGCCUUCGGGAUGUGUAUGCUGGAGAUGGCUACCUCCGAGUACCCCUACUCUGAAUGUCAGAACGCUGCCCAGAUCUACAAGCGGGUCACUAGUGGAGUUAAGCCUGGCAGUUUUGACAAGGUAGCCAUUCCUGAGGUGAAGGAAAUUAUAGAGGGCUGCAUCAGAACAAACAAGGAUGAGAGGUAUGCUAUAAAGAUCCUGUUGAACCAUGCCUUCUUUCAGGAGGACACAGGGGUCAGGGUUGAACUGGCAGAAGAGGAUGAUGGGGAAAUGAUUGCCAUCAAACUUUGGCUCAGGAUAGAAGACGUCAAGAAGCUUAAAGGCAAAUACAAAGACAACGAAGCCAUCGAGUUCUCCUUUGACCUGAACAAGGACUUCCCUGAAGAUGUGGCCCAGGAAAUGGUUGAGUCCGGCUACGUUGCUGAGGGUGACCAUAAGACCAUGGCGAAGGCUAUCAAGGAUCGCGUGUCUCUGAUCCGGCGGAAGAGAGAACAGAGGCAGCUGGUACGAGAAGAACAGGAGAAGAGAAAACUUGAGACAGAGCAACAACGGCUGCAGCAGCUCCUGCAACAGCAGCAGCAACAACAACAACAACAACAACAACAACAACAACAACAGCUCCAGCAGCAACAGCAGCAACAACAGCAGCAACAGCAACAACAGCAGCAGCAAGAGACACUCAAAUCUUCUCACACGCAGGUGGAAGCAGAGGAGACCGAAGUGGAGCAACAGCAGCUUCACUAUCAGCACACGGGCAUCUCACACACAUCUGAAGGAGGUCUGGACAGCGGCCAGGGUUCCACCGUUUUCUCCUCGGACUCCCCCCACCUGGGUCAGCUGACCAUGUCUUACGGCUGCUCCCACUCCCCCCAUCCCCCUUCCCAGCCCCAAACCCCUUACCUCUCCACCCCCUCUGCUAACCCGCAGCAGCACCCAGGCUACGCCCAGCCGCCGCAGCCAAUGCCCGCGUUGUGCCGUCGUCGAAGUCGUAGCAUGUCUGUUUGCGUCCCUCCCUCCUCCUACUCCUUUUCCCAUGCUCCUCCACCCAUGGCCGUUCGUCCAAAGGAGCCCUCCACCCCUCCUCCAGACCUGUCCUCUUCAUCCUCCUACACCACCGCCUCCCCCUGCAUGCCUCUCGCAGCUGAGAGGGACACGUUCGCUGGGCGCCUCUCCAAGGCCCUGGAGACGGUCCUACCCAUUCACUCGGCCUCCUCUCUGCCCAGGGCCAGGCAGCGGAGGGCCAGCCUACCUGCCCUGUUCUCCACCCCUCAGCAUUCAAUGCACCCCUACAGUGGAGGAGGAAGCACAGGAGGAGGAGCAGGAGGGAGCAUCCCCCUCCAAACUCUCCCAGAGCCCCCUAAUAUUUUCUUACCUGAGCGCCCCAUGUCCUUCUCGCCUCCUCCCACUGGGCCUCCUAAGGCCUACAACACCCAGAGACGCAAGAGCACGUCCAUUCUCGAGGCACAUACCCGCCACUUCCAGCCAGCCUACACUCGCUAUGGGAGCAGCCUGCAUCCCUUUUCUGGGAUGGAGGGUGUUGAGACGCCCUCUCUCUUCAUGGUAAAUCCCGGUUUUGCAGCAGCCGCUCAAAGACUUGGUGUUGGUGAGCCGCUGCAUCUCCAAGGACAAUCUGACCCAAGUUUAUACGUCUAUAAAGACAUAAGAGCAGAGCACGAGGAGGCAGUGAGGAGAUUAAGUCUAAAUCAAGCUGCCUUAUUGGACCAUUAUGAAGCGAUGGCUUAUGGAGGAUACCCAAUGACUGCACACCAGCUUGGCCACUUGGGUUUCCAUCAGCAGAGGCAAGCAGCAGCAGCAGCAGCAGCUGCAGCCGCUAGUUUCGUUUUCGAUCCUGUUCCUCCACCUCAACCAGCGUUCUUGCACACACACCUCAUGCAAAGAAUGAGUGCACACAGCCCAAUCCCUCCACCUUUACCCCCCAUGAGUGCGCCCACUGGCGGCUCUUCUUCAUCGUCUGAUGGAUGCUAUCCUCCACCACAGCAUGCCUCCUCGUCGGCUUUCCCGAUAACUGCACCUCCAGUUAUGGCUGAGGCCCCACCACCGACUGGAAGUGUUUUUGAGUUCCAUUUAGCUGCAGCCGCCGCCGCAGCUGCUGCUGGAGACCCAAGCCUCCUGGCAUCCAGACUUUACCGGGCCAGAAGGAGCUCUAUGGACCUCCCUCUGGAGGACAACACCGGAACUGGAUCAGGUGGUUCAGGCACGUACAGCCGCCUUCAGCCGGUGACAGAAGAGCUGUAUGCAUAUAUGAGUCCCGAGCUCCCCUUACCUCCAGGAAGUCUUCUUCUUCACCACAUAGGUUUAGCCACAAGAGACAGAAGCCCAGAACCUUCCAGUGACUCUAUGGCCUCCUCUGAUGCCGGGGAGUUCCAGUCACCUCCCUUCGACUCCUCCGCUGCUCAGUCCAUCCCUCACUCGUCCUCCGCCGUGCUCUACGAUUCAUCCGGAGGAGUGUUCCCCAUAGAUCCCCAGGGACAUCCACCCUCCAUGCAGAGCUUUCUCCCUGCCACUCCGUCCACCGACCCUGGGGGAGCGUCAUCAACCCAGCUGGAGUCUCUGAUCCAGAGUGCCUGGGCUCGGCAUGGAGGGGUGAUACCAGCCCAACCCGAUAUGACAUACCAUGAGUCAUUGCUGGCCAUGCAGGCCGCUAACCUUACUCUGCAACAGGCUCAGACUCCCACCCCCCAGUCCACUCCCCAGGGACCCCCUCUGGUCCCUGUCACCACCCAGCCAGCUCCUCCUGGGGCCCCCCAACAGGUUGUUUCCUCCAGUCACAGUAUUACAUCAGUUCAGAGCCCCACACACACAUCUCUGCCACAGGCGUCUUCACAGCCCAGCUUAACUCCAUCUUCCGUUACCUUGGUGACACUGCCCUGUCCAUCGCCGUCCCUCCCUGUUACCAUGCCGACAGCGGUCGUGGCUUCCCCUCCCUCUCCUCUGCCGCUCCCUGUUGGGGUGGUGCCUACUAUUGUUUCUCCUCCUCCUCCUCCUCCUCCUCCUGUGCCCCUACUUGUGCCUCAGCCGUUGGCUAUGGUGGUGCCAAUCAUCAGUGUAGUCACCGCCCCACCUGAUACUCCCAUGGAAGCCCCGCCCCAGUCUGCCUCUCAGUCUUCAGAGCUGUCCCAGUCCCAACUACAGCCACCUCAAGUGCUCUCAUCUAUAGAAAGCGGCCACUCUGAGACUUCAGGUCUGAGUGACGGCAACGAGGGAGGAGGAGGCCGCCAUGAAGGGCGCUCCACCAAGCGACAUCAGAGGCGCUCUGUGCGAAGCCGAUCGCGCCAUGAGAAGAUCUCAAAGGCGAAACUCCAUGUUCUCAAUAUUUCCAACCGAGGAGACAGGGUAGCGGAGUGUCAGCUGGAGACCCACAAUAGGAAGAUGGUGACUUUCAGAUUUGACCUGGAUGGAGACAACCCUGAAGAGAUCGCCCAGAUCAUGGUCCAGAGUGAGUUCAUCCUGGAGAGUGAGAGGGAGUCAUUCAUUGAGCAGGUCCGAGAGGUGAUAGAGAACGCAGAUGAGAAGGGUCUGGAGAGAGACACAAACAGCCAGAUGGCAGGUGAUAUGGCGCAGCAGAUUCCUGCCAUAUCUGUCCCCAUGCCAGACAUCCCUCCCAGUGCAACCGCACAAGUGGUCCAUUCAGCAGGUCGGAGGUUCAUCGUCAGCCCCGUACCUGAAGCCAGGCUGAAGGAACAAAUGUUUCCCUCAUCUCCUUCUCCUGCCCGUGCACCUCCUGUUGAAAUAGUUCCUCCAGCUUCAGCUCCAUCUCAGGCUGCGGCCCAAGGGUUGGGGUUGUCCCACUCUGCUGGAGCAAUCAGCUUACAACAGGCCUUCUCUGAGCUCAGACGGAACCAGUUUGAUGCCGGACCCAGCACCGCCCCAGCUUUAAUCCACUCCACCCAUCCUCUUCAGCAGCCUGCAGCAGCGUCUCUCCCUUCACAGUCUAGCGUAGUCACUCCUACCGUGGAUGCUACGGCUGGACUUGUCCCUUCUAAUUUGAACCAGGCACAGGAGCAGGCCCCGGAUGCCUCUCUUCCUCCCCCUUCCUCCUCCUCCUCCAAACCCGCUGUCGGUCUCAGCCCCCCUUGUUCCUCUUCCUCCCCUCCUCCUACUGUGGUGAAUCAGUCCAUCCUUCAGUCACAGGUACUACCACAGCCAGGGAUACAGGCUGUGUCCCAGCCCCAAGGACAGGUGCAGGUCCAGGGGCAAGCACAAAUUCAGCCCCAGGUUUUCACCCAGCCUCAGUCUCAAACUGUCCCUGCUGUCAUUGCUACUUCAGUACCCUCCACUUUACCACCUGCCAGCAUCUCCAGCAUCCCCCCAACAAUGCUCACCACCCCUCCUCCCGCCCAGGCUCUUCCUCUUGUAACCUCUCCUCCUUCCUCCACUCUUCCACCCGGUGAAGUCUCCUCCGAUCAUCCGUCAGUCUCUCCCCCCUCCUCCUCUACCGCUUCCCUCUCCUCCUCUGUCAUCCCCACCACUGCCAUCCCUGGCCCCCAGCUCGCUCCCUCUGCCGCCUCACACCCCAUCCACUCUCCCCCCUCCUCCUCCUCCUCUGCUGUGGGGCUUCAGCCGGUGACCACCAGUGUUCCCUCAGUCCAACCGACCUCGGUACACUCCCAGCCGCAGACGGCGGCCCUGCCUGGGCAGACGCACACACACUGCGGGGAAUGCGAUGCAAGGUGUGAGGCAUUCGCUGAGUCACAAGGCAAACCGGACGACAUCCAAGCUCUGGAGAAGAAGCUGCGCUCUCUCUUCAUGGAUCUCGGUGGAGGGGCGCCAGCUACCCAGGGAGACAUCCUAGCUGCUGACCCUGCCUCUGGACCCCCUGUGGCAGGUACCUCGUCUCCAUUGGGCCCCUGCUCUGCCUCCAGCACAUCUGUCACCACACCUUGCUCCAGUCAGCCAGCCAAUCCUCCUCAGCCCCCCUGCAGCCUGUCACUUGGGUCACCUCUUCCCAUCCAGGGCCCUGGAACACCUAUCUCCACCCCUGCACCGAUUGUUUCUACAGUCCUCCCUGCCUCAUCCUUUGGCCAGACCACUCCAUCCAAACCCUCUCUAUCCAGGGCACCGGCCAGUUCUCCUACUUCAGAACUCCUGCCGUCCUUCCCUGGACCUUGUCUAAUACAGUCCCAGCAGCCUCUGGAGGACCUGGAUGCUCAGUUGAGGAGAGCACUGAGCCCAGAGACCGUUCCUGUCACCACACACACACAGUCUCACAGUGGCAUACCUUCAGCGGGACAACCAAUUCCCUUCUCUCUGGAGGAAGCAACUGGGUCGUCUUCUGGUCCUCCUCAUCCUUCAGGUGGAAUCAAACUGGGAAGAUUUCAGGUCUCGUUGGCUACCGAAGCUCCUCCUGUCCAACGACCAGUGUGCACUGAAUCUUCCUCCACCCCCUCCUCCUGCUCGUCCUCUUCCUCGUCGUCUUCCUCCAGUCUCUCCAGCCCGGAGAAUACACUGCACAAGGAUUCCUCGUCUCCUCUGAGAGGGGGAGGAGGACAAGGAGGAGAUGUUGUGGACGGACUCCCCCAGCGGACUCUGGGAGGGUCACACCACCCCUCCCCCCUCACCUCACCCUGCCCCUCUCCUAAGCCCACCACGACCAUCGGACGCUUCCAGGUUACCACCAACCCAGAGGCCCGUGUUGGUAGAUUCUCAGUCAGUCGUGCCCAGGAGCAGAGCCUCGAGUCCAGGCAGACGCCUCCACCCGCUGCCCAGGCUGCUAAUGGUCCCAGUAAUUAUGGGCAGUUUUUGAGUCCAGACUCUCCUCUUAAAGCCUCGCUGCCCAGUCUGAACAACAACUCCUUUAAUAACUCCUACAUCAGCAGUGACAACGACUCCGAAUUUGAGGAUGAAGACUUUAAACUGGAAGUCAGCCACCUCAGAGAAAAGCACAUGCGUGAGAUUCAGGCCCUGCACUCCCGCCAGAAGGAGGAAAUAGACGGUCUCUUUACCAAGCUGGGAAAGGUCCCUCCAGUUUUAGGCUCGACUGGCAGGAGGAGACGUCCUUCCAAAAGCAAAUCCUCCAAAUUAUCCAGAACCAGCUCCAUGCACAGCAGCAAGAGUCCGUUACAGCCAGGCAGCACUUUAUCCGCCCAGAGCGUCCCCGCCAUGUACCCCGGCCAGCUGGCUCUGUUAACCCCCGGAGGAUUAGCCGAUUCGUGCAGCAGUACUCUGCUCCAGCCACUCAAACCCUCUGCCUCCAGCAACAACCUGUGUUCGGCCUACACCAGCGAGGCGGCGCUCUCUCUGCCCAGCCUCUGUGCUCCCACCCCAGGCUGUGUAAAGUUCAGCUGGGGUUCGGAGCGUUUGGCCUUCAAGCCUGGCGGCAGGAGGACGCGCUUUCUGAGUACGCCCUGCUUGGCUCUUUGGAAGAUGGUGAAAAAAGUCUGCCCCUGCAACCAGCUCUGUAGGACUAAUAGCACCAAUGCAGUGAGCGGUUCAGGCGCUUUGGGUCACAGCCAGGGGGGUUCUCAGUGUCUGCCCCCAAACAUGUCAGCCCCCCACCAGAGGAAAGGAACCUUCACCGAUGACCUCCAUAAACUGGUGGACAACUGGGCCAGAGAUGCCAUGAACCUCUCACAGGGGAAGAGGAGUGCCAAACAGCUGCAGCAGGCCCCAGUACAGGGACAUAGCUACGAGGUCAUCCAGUCAGCCAGUCUGGGCAGGAAGUUCUCUGCUCCCAGCCAGCUGUGUCCCAGCAGCAUUGGAGGUUCAGCCCACCUCUCUACAAACUCCAACACUGCUACCUCUCUGGCCCCCCGCAAGGGCUCCCUGUGCCACCCCCCUGCCUCCUCCGCCCCACCUCAACCCCAACCUCCCCAGUUCAGCCACUACACUCCCACUGCCGCCUACAGCGCUCAAUGGUCCGGUCCGGCUCACGGCCUGUCAAACCCAAACCAGGCCCCAACACAGCCUGGGCCUCUACUGGUCAGCACCUCCCAGCCGCUGGGCCCCUACCCCACCACGGUUGGUGGACAGGGCCAGAUUCCCGGGCAGGGGCCCCACCAGGCUUUCCAUCUGACCAACUCUCUCCACAAGUCAGUCAGCAACCCAGGAGGACCCAACAUGAGGACCACGUAGGACUGGGGGAGAGGGCUGGUUUGAAUCACGGCCUGACUGGACCGGACUGGUGUGGAGAGAGUGUUGCGGGCUUGAUCGGCUGGGGAGGAUGGAAGAACUGGAGGAGCGUGGAGAGCGAGGAGUUUGAAGUGACAGAAGCUGACCCGUUCCAAGAAUAGAAAAGAGAAAAAAAGGAAAUGAAGAGGAGCAAAGAAAUCAGGAGUGCGUUGAGGCCAACUCGCCAAAGUUUGUGUGAUGCGUCUCACCUCUGCAUCCAUCCAUGUCUGUGUGUGAGAAGCUGUCACAGACACAAAUGCAGUCACUCUGUUUGACUGUGGGUUUGUGGCAGAAAGCCAAAUGCUCAAGGGUAACGGAGAAGACUCAUGAGUGCAAUGUUAAAAGGCCAAAGAGGUUUUGACAGGGUGCCGGAUUGGCGUUAAUUACUGUUGGUGUGUGAGGUGUUGUGUAUGCGCACUCAUGGCUCGGUCACACUUGUUCCAUUUCAUGCUGAGUAUCAAGAUAAUCUCAAGCACUUAAAGACAACGGUAACAUGCAAACAUGCAGUUUUUCCAAAUUUAAUACAGAAAAGAGAUAACUGGUGGAUGCAGAGGGGAGCAUGGCUGGCCAUCGCGUUAAGUGUUCAGUGUCGACAUCAAACGAUGCACAAGAGGCUCUGAAAUGGAGCACUGGCCGGGUUUCAUCCAGCUGUUUGCAUCCCUUAAAUGUAUGCUUUAAAGGACGGAGGCACAUAGCGGCAGUAAAAGCUUUAAUUUCAGAUAAGAGCCUCAUUGAGAGAUGUUCAGGGUGUUUAGGAAGUGUUUUUUCUUCAGUAUUCAGAAUUUGGAAAUGUUUUCUCAAUUCAAAGCACAAAAGAAAAUCAAGAACAAAUCAAACACAUUGAGAAAUCAAAACGCCUCAAACUGAGCCUGGUUCAGAGUCGAUGCAGUCCGGCACUCGGUGGUGUUUUGAUUCGUCGGCUUGAGGAAAAGUCGUGACAGCUACUCCUCUGUUACCUUCUGUGUCUUGUUCCUCCCUUGUUCUGACGAGCCGUUCAAACAGACGGAGAGAGAUGGAGAAAAAAAAAAAACGGUGGAGGAAGAAGGAGAGCAGCGAGAGAAUGUUUGCAUUAAAUAAUAGUCAAACACCUCGUCUGUUUCCCAGUCCACUGCUUGCUUUAGCAGCACACUGGCUGUGUGUGCGCCGCGACUGAAGUACCGAACGGACCGGACAGAUGCCUCUGCACAUCAAGCGCCUCUUCACCGUCACGACUCCACCUCUCCCUCCAUCCCUCUCUCCGCCUCUCUGUUGCCAUUUGAAGCAAUAACAGCAGAAACCUUUUAGAGAAACAAAAAAAAAAGCCCAAACAUGAGAGAACUCAACGUGAAAAAGUGGCCUUGUUAACAGAAUAAUAUCAGAGUCCCUGUACAGUUUGUGUCUCUGUUUAUUUUUUAGAAUGUCAGCCAUGAUGAUUCCAUUUUGUUGUUUUAUUUUGGUUUUGUUUUGUUGGGUUUGUUCUGCUUGCUGCCCCCAGCUAGCAAUCUUGACACACACACACACACACACACACACACAUAAUACACGACAUUCACAUAAAUACACACCCCUGCAUACACAGCCAGACUUGUGUAAAUACACACACAUUGUUGGAGGCGUAGCAGCCGUUUAACAGACACUCGCAGACUAAUGCCUCAGUUCUUUGUGUCAUUAGGGUGGUUUCAACAUUUGUGUUGAAAUGAUUGCAAUGUACAUUGUUGUUAAUGAUAAUUAUUCUAUUUAAAAAGAAACAAAAACGUGUUCUGUUGAUGGACCUGUUAUACGCGCACAUCGGUGUACGAUGUGGAGACACUGUGAUUAUUCUUUAUUAUUAGCAAAUGUUGUUGGGCGACAUAACUUUUAGGGUGAAAUAUCACAAAUAAAAAACAUUUAAAAAG